UAUAUGACUCGACGUCUUGAGAGAAUUUGGCUGGGAUCUGUUGGCAUUUUGGAUUGUGUAAUCUAUCUUUACUUAUGAACCAUAUAAUCAUAAUCCUUACUUCCCAUGGGUUACUAUCCUACCAGAUGUGUCUCAGUAGUACUAGUGCUUUGCAUUACCUUGACAAGCUAUAAAGUCUUGGUCGCAAGAAGAAGGACCGAUUCGUUUUAUUUGCUGAUUUGUCCUGGGGCCAUAAAAUGGUCCUUCCCCCCAACUGGCCGUGGUCUAGAUCUGCUAUACCCGAGGCAUAGCCAGACCAAGUCGGGGGGCGAUAGAAAAGGAGAUGGGUUUAUGGGAUAUAAUCCUGUUAUGUUUUGUUUAGUACGAGGGCAUGGGAUAUGGGAUAUCAGAUCUAGACGCUACACCAUGGAGUACUACGAGUAGUAACGGUUCUAACAAUUCCCUUCAACUUUGACAUAAAGUGCCAUGCGGAAGAUCG